AUGGCCCUCCAGCCUGGUCUCAGAGCCUGCUCGCCGGGACUAAUGAUCUCCGAAUCAUUGACCAAGAUCACAGUCCAGUGCAUUACGCCCGAAUUCCAUGAAGAGUUCCAGCUGCGUGUUGAGUAG